AGUACAUAUCCUCGAUCAUUUCGUUAUCAAAAUCUAUUCAAGUGGUUCCUUCUUAGUAGUCGUAUGUCUUGAUUACAUAAUAUACCUAUUUUCUUUUGCCUUUCAUAAUAAUAAGGCUUGUCUUCGAGUCCGAAGAUUAGUGAGAAGUGCAGUAUUUCCCGUGGCAGCGCAGCCCCAGCUGUGACCUACAUAUUUUAGAAAGUUGACGCCUAAGCCUUUCAUACAACACUAUGAAACAUAUCUUUUUGUAUCAACCUUUUUUGGUGAGCUAAAAGGUGGUCGACGUAACAGAGGUGCCCCAUGGAAACGGUUCAAAGACCAGCUUAGGCGUCAACUUUCCUUGGCUGACAUAGAAGAGAGCACCUGGUUGCAUGCGGUAUCAGAACAAGAAACCUGGAGGUCACUCACAAAAGCCACGGAAUACACAUCUGAGACAAAAAGAAAAUCCGCUGCCGAGGACAGACGCAGACGGCGAAAAGAAAAUCUAAAUCGACCACCUGCGGACAAUGGGUUGGCAGCCCAGAUGGUUUAUAUUAGAUAAUGGUGUUCUUUCAUAUUAUAAGUCACAAGAGGAUGUCAACAAUGGAUGCAAAGGAUCCAUUAAAAUGUCAGUUUGUGACAUAGUUGUUCAUCCAGUUGAUAUGACACGUUUAGACCUCAUCAUUCCUGGGGAACAGCAUUAUUAUGUUAAAGCCAGUACACCACAAGACAGACAAUCCUGGCUGAUUGCUCUAGGAAGCUCAAAGGCUUCAUUUAGUGAAGUUAGUGGAGCUAAGAAAGAUGCUGAUGGUGUCCCUGAUCAAGUACGAACAAAAAAAUCUGAACUUCGCCUUUAUUGUGAUUUGUUAAUGCAGCAAGUGCAUUCAGUUAAAGAAACUGUGUCGCAGACAGAUGGCAGUUUCGACUUUCAGAAAUUACAAGAAUGUGCUUCUUUAAUUGGUGCCACUUGUGAUACAUUCAUCUGUACUCUGGAGGAAUGCAUGAAGAUUGUUUCUUCCACACCAAUGUUUGAAUCUCCACAUCAGCAUGUUCGUGAUGCUGCAAUACCAUCUUCUCCAACUCGACCAAAUGUGCAAAGAUUGCCUGGAACAAGAUCCACAAUUACAAGGCCUUUAGAAAGGGCACUUAAACAUCGUUCAACUUUAUCUAGCUCUUCAGAGGUUAAGGUUCAUACAUCCUCAUCACAUCACUCUCUGAUUGAAGACACUAGCAAUACUUCUGCCAACUCCACAGUCUUACUACAGCCAUCAAUUCAUAUUUCAUCCGAAGCUAGUGAUGCACUUUCACAAUCAGUUCACUUCCUUGAGGAGGCUAUUCCAGUUGGUAAUGGUCUAACCACUGAACAUACAACUAAUAACAAUGCCAAUGAGUCAGUUUUGGAACCAUCCCAUCUUGUGUUGUCCACUGCAGCAUCCUCUGAUGACUUAGAAACAUUGGAUGAUUUUAAAGAUGCCAUUGAUGAAACUAUAAUGACUUUUUUUUCUGCAAUGCCUGUCAGUUUUUCUAAUGUUGAUACCAGUGAUGAAGAAAGUAUCCUUGUCAUUCCUUUUUUGGAGGCUUGUAACAAUUUAGUUCCAAUAUUUGAUAAAUUGAACAGCACAGCUUUUUCACCAGUCAAAAUGGAUUUCUGUGGUAAUAUAAAAAAAAUUCAUCAAAAACACCUGAGCGAUCCAGAGAAAUUUCUUACUCUUCAAUCUAUGGUUUUAGAUGAAGUUCAAAAUGGACAACAUACGCAUUCUAAUUCUGCUACUUCUGCAUUAUUAUGGCUUAAAAGGAGUUUGGAAUUCAUCAGAGAAUUUCUAAGAGAAUGCAGCUCAGGCAGUACUGAUAUGAGUAUAUGUGCCAGUAAUGCUUAUUCCAGAACUCUUAAAAACUAUCAUGGCUGGGUAGUUAGAGGUGUAUUUGCGGUUGCUGUGAAAGCCCUUCCCUACAGAGAAACUUUUGUUAGCCAUUUAACUGUAGAUGAGAAAACUACAGUGGACCCUAUGAGUCCGCAGUUUGAACAUGCUUUAUUAACAGACAUUGAAGUAUUUGUUCAGCAUUUAGACCGCGUUUUGGUUGUGAUCAAUACAUUUUACAUCAAACAUUCGCUUGAUUCAGCUGAAAAGGUUUAAUUUCAUAGUCUUUCUCUAAUUGUUAAUUUAUUUUGUUUUUACUUUGAUUUGUUGUUUUAGUUUUACUUCACAGUGUGGUCUUUUUGAAUUGAUUGCUUGUAGGAGGUGAAGUUUUUCUAUCAAUAAAUACAACAUUCUUGUAAACAUUUUCUCUCAAACUUCAUAUAAUUGUUUAUAUUAAAAGUGCUUAUUACCAUCGUUAAAUGCAUCUAUUUAUUAUCAAUGAUGUCAUUAGGAUGAAGAGUUGGCUAUAUUCUUUCAUGAAUCUGACUUUUCAAAGAAAAAUUGUGAUCUAUAAAGCUCUUGGGAAUUGUUAUUUGUUGAAUAUCCUCAAAGAGAUCUACUUAACAUUAAACAACAUUGCUAUGUUGUCAUAUCUAAGCUACUUUUCUACAAACAUUGUGUAAUUAUCACAUGUAAUGAACAACAUUCCUACCCUUUGUCAUAUUGUGUCCUCUAUAUUAAACUGGUUAUAUUUUCUUUUAUAUUUCCUGGUGGCUGAGUGGUAAGGAUAUUGUUAUAAUGAGGUCAGUAUUACGUUAUUAAGUAGUAUAUUCACUUGGUUAAUUCUCAAUGGUAGAAUAUUUUUUACUUUGAAGUAGGCCUAUUUGAUUGUGUGGCAUAGAAAAAUAUUAAUUGGCUUUAGCUGUAAAAGUUAUCAAUUGAAUUCAGUUUUUAAAAAAAAUGCAAAUUGUGAGUUUUUUUGUGCUCAAGAGUCUUUGACUAAUACCAAGAUUAAAUUUCUUUGAGACAGUUUAAGAGGAUUAACAUUGUUGUCACUUAGAAACUUACUUGUUACUGGUGUUUCACUAAUUGUCCACUUGCAGAUACAAUAUUUUAAAACAACUUAUAGACAUUUUUAAGCUCCAGUUUACCUGCUCAACUCUAUCAACAAUACUUUUUGAUGCAUGUAUAAAAAUGAUUUAUGCACAUAUUGUGCUUCAAUAAAUAUGAAAGUCACUUGAUAAUAAAUACUGAAAUGUUUAUUUUGUAUUAUUGAUUUUUGUUCACACAAUAUCAAAUACACAAUUAUGUCUAUUCAGCUUUAUUAAAAAGUGUCUGAGAAAGAUGAACCUAUGAAAAUACUUGAUGCUCUAGAAUAUGUAAUGUACUUGGUGAAGUGUGUAUGUGAUUGAAGCAAGAAAUAGUAUGUGGCUAUCAUUGACCAAAUCUUUGGACAAAUAUUGAGCAGUUUUACCAAAACUUUAUGUGGCUUUUUUUUUCAAGCAUGCUUUUGUACUUUCUAGUUCAAAGCUAUGAGAUACCGGUAUAUUCUUUCAAUUUUGAAUGCCUUGACAUUUUUAGCACAACAUUUUUAAAGAGCUUUAUAGUUAUAUAUAAGCUUUCAUAGUUAUAUUUCUUUCAUAUAUUUUAGACUACUGUUGCAAAUGAUAAUCUGACAAUUUUAAUAAUGCUGGUUAAACAAUGUUCAAACGGGUUAAUAACUCUUCUCUCCUAAUCCACGAUACCAUCAUUGAUUUGACCAUGUCAUUUCAGUCAAAUCAAUGAUAUUAGUGUUGAUACAUUAAAAGUCGAUAUUUUGUCCCAAAAUGUUUUUAAUUGCUUAAAAUUUAAUCUGGAAUAGUUCCCUUUGUAAAACAUCCAAAUAGUAGUGCAUGGGAGAAUGAACUGAAUACAAUCAUUUUAUAAAUUUUCAAAUAUGUUGUAUAUAAAGUUUUGUGAAAAUAUGGAUAAAUAUAUGACAAAAUAUAUUUUAUUCAUUUGAAUCAUUUACUUUAAUUAGACUAGAGCUACAGCUUGAUGACCAUGAAUCAAGUUUCCAUUUUGUUUUUUGUUUUGAUAUGAACAUAUGUCAAAAAAUCCUUUAUUUUUAUUUGGAUCAUAAAAUAUUAUCUAGAUCUAGUAUACAGCUAAAUCCAAUGAGACCUGUCAACAGUUGUUAAGUUUUUGUUUUUAAUUUUCAUAAUUCACAGUUGAAUUAUCUUUUUGGUUUAUAAACAUUAAUGUAUGUUAUAUGAAAAAGUACAUGCAUUUCCCUUUAAUUCUGUAUCAAAUAUAACAUUUUCUGAUAACAAGUACAAAGUUAUUUAAGUUUAAUCACAAUAUGGUAGUGAACUACAAAUGGCUAAAAUGAUAAUUACAAAUAAUUACAGAGAGAAAGAGUUAAAAUUUGUUUUUUUUAACUAAGGAAACACAUUGGUAUUUUCUAAAACUGAUGACUUUUAACAUUUUCUGAAGUCUUUUUUUUUUUCUAUUGGUUUAUAGAUUUUUAUCUAAGGAAAAUUAUUUAUAAGAUUAGUAAUUGGUCUGUCUGUAGCUUUAUUUUUUGGUAAAGAAUAUAAUACUUGUGGUAUUCUUACUCAAGCCAAAAUGUUUCUUUCUUUCAAUAUUUCACUGUUUAGUUGAAGUCAUUGAAAAAUAUCAGAUAAUUCAAAAGCUCAAUGAAUCUGUUGCUUUUUGUUCAAGAGAUUUACAAAUAAUUUUGAGAGUAUAAAAUUUGAAAAAAUUGUAGAUUCCUUUUCUUGGCCAUCUUUUGAGAAUUCAUUGGGGCAAAGAUGAGUUUUUCUUAUUCCUUUUCUUGGCCAUCUUUUAGAAAUUCUUUGAGGCAUGAGUUUGUCUCUGUUCUUCAAAGCUGCAACUCAUUAUUUGUGUCCAACACAACCUGAAAGGAUGCAAAGGCUUUCAUGUGCUGAAAAAUAAGUUGGGCAUGCUGUCAACUGCACAUGUAAUCCUUUAAAAAAUCUACUACUGUACUUAGUCAUGGGUUUGAUUAAAAAAAGAACAUAUUGUAUCACAUAUUGUAUCGUCUUAUUAAGAAAAAAAGUUUCCUCUGUAAAUUGAUUGUUUUGACAAAAGCUCAUAUAUUAAAUUUCAAGAUGAUCACUACAGACAACAUGGAAGAUGUUUUUUUUUUCUAAAUUGAAACAAAAUAAAAUAACUCUUUUUAUAGACUUUAGAAGGUAUUUUGCUGUAGAUUUCAGUAAGUCUUCUUUUCUUAUCUUAUAUAAUAGAGACGUUAGUUCAAAAAAGAAGAUGAUUACGCCCAUGUGUCAUGCAUUCAGUCAUGCAUAUUAACCAAUGUUCCAGUAUGUGAUAGAGGAUCAUCAAUUAUCCCUUGAAGUCUGGCAGAAAUUUUUUACUAAAAAUUUUUUUUUUCUUCAAAAAGGAGAAUCUUAAUCUUAAAAGAAAAUACUUUUUUAAUAACAUUUUUCAGAACAGCUAAAAUUAUUGAUAAAAUAGUUGUUUCGAUUUUUAAGUUGGAUCUUAUACCGGUAUGUUCUCAAUGUUUUAAAAGCCACCUGCAAGACUACUCAAUAAAAUGGUUUAUUUGUACAUGUACAUAUUUGUGUAUAAUUAUAAUCAGAUAAUUUUGUAGUUAACAUUUUUUAGUGGGAAUUAUGAUUUCAAGGUAUUGAAUUUUUGGUUACCAGGUACACAUGACUUGAACAUUUUGCUUUGUCAAGUUAGAAUUGCUUAAUGUUUACAUUUGGAAACCAGAACACAUUCUGAAAAGUUUACUAUUUGUUGUACUGUUUUGUUCAAGAUUCCAUUUGUAUUUUGAUAGCUUAUAGUGUUAUACAUCUGAAUCAUACAUUUUGUUAUCCAAAUAUUUUCUUGGUUUUUACUAGUAAUAACUUUUAGUUUUGUUCCUUUUUUGUAUGAAAGUACAAGCAGAAAUAUUUCAGAUAGAUCUACUAGCAAUAACAACAAAAGAGUCAAGGGAAAGUUUUCUAGUCUCAGCACUAUUUGUAAGAAUUUUUAAAAAAGUAAUGCAACAGAUUCAUCUUAACUCAAGUACUUGUCAGAUGCAAAUAACUAAUUUCUUAAUCAAAAGUCAAUAAAUGCUCCUUUUUGAACUUGACUAUAAUGCUGGUUUAUGCUGGUUAUUCAACUGCAGCAAUAAAGAAUAUUUCAAAAAUGAUUACACACAUUGUACUGGCAGACACUAAUUGUAAAACAUUUUUUAAAAACUAUCUUAGACAAAUCAAACUGUAUGGACAGCACAAAACUGUUUCAUUAGUCUGUUGAAAAUGAUGAGGUUGGAUAAAGGUUGUUACUUAUAAAUUGAUAUCCAUUGAGAUUUGACAAACUGCUUUCAGUGCUCAAGACUGAACCUGGCAUUUUUUGGCAAAUAAAUUUUUUUUCACAUAGUUACAAAACACCUCUAACAUAUGUUUUAUGAUUAAGUUGUGAGAUAGCAUGAAUUUUAGGAUAUUAUUAUUUAUUAUAAAGUCAUUUUAUAAACUC